AUGGCGGCGUCGGCGGCCCUGUCUGCGGCGGCGGCGGCGGCGGCCCUGUCGGGCCUGGCUGUGCGGCUGUCUCGCUCGGCUGCGGCCCGCGGCUCGUACGGCGCCUUCUGCAAGGGGCUCACGCGCACUCUGAUCACCUUCUUCGACCUGGCCUGGCGGCUGCGCAUGAACUUCCCCUACUUCUACAUCGUGGCCUCGGUGAUGCUCAACGUCCGCCUGCAGGUGCGGAUCGAGUGAGCGCCCGCGACCACCGCGCGGCUGCGACGGCAGGGGCGCCGGCAUGAAGCUCCGCGGGGCCCAAGGACGCCAGCACGC